AUGGCAGCCUUUCGGACCACUCAGUGGAGGUGGAUCUCUGGAAUCUUAGGAAUAUUGUGCCUUUUCCUGAUGAUACUUUUAGGAAUUUUGUUGAAUAAGCCAUAUUUGAAUCAAAGUAUUACGCCAACCCCCUCGCCAGGAUUGCAGGAAGAUCAUUCUGACAGCUGCUGUUUUUGUCCGGAAGGGUGGCUUGGACAUCAAUGCAAAUGUUACUUUUUUUCCAUUGAGCAAAAGAGCUGGGAAGCGAGUAGGAACUUCUGUGAAUCCAAGAAUUCCAGCCUCCUUCAGUUGCACAGCAAAGAUGAACUGGGUUUUGUCCGGCGCAGUCGGUACUUUUACUGGAUUGGAAUUUCUUACAAUAAGGAUCGCGGUGCCUGGUUUUGGCUGAAUGGCUCUGCCUUCUCCCCCGCUCUAUUUAAAGAGCCUCAAGCUUUCAACACAAAGAAAUGCAUAACGUAUAAACCAGGUGAAGGAUUUUUGGAUGAUUCCUGUGAGAAGAAAAAUAGUUACAUCUGCAAACAACAGCUUAAUUAG